CGUGAGGGAGCUCAGGGUUGCAGCAUCAGUUGUACAUCAAUUUUUUUCUUUCCAUACCAAAAAAAUAGAACAUCAUCCAUAUUUUUCAAUUAUUUUCUUCCCACUUUAAGUUCAUUUCAGGCCAGUUGCAUGCAUUGUUCGUCUGCCAAAAUGGUUUGCGAAACUAAAAUCGUUGCAGACGAACACGAUGCCAUACCUGGGACCAAAAAAGAUUCAAUCAUCGUUUCCUCCUCGCAAAUGUGGACGUCUUCUUCGUCUUCUCCCAGUGCGCACGAGAGCAAGGACGAGAAACGGAACCGGGUUUUUAUUCGCGAGUUUGAACAUUCUGACCGUGAAGAGGUGCGACGGAUCUUCAACGAGGGAAUCAUGGAGCGCAUUCCCAAUUCGGCAUUUCGGGGUCUAAAACAGCAAACGCGAACGCAGUUUAUCUAUGCGUUUCUGACAGUAAUGUGCUAUGUUAUGACCAAAUCGUACACACUGACCUUCUGCACGCCCUUUAUUCUCAUGGGUGCACGUUAUUACUACAGCAGAAAAGUCAUACUCAACUACCUGGACUGCGCUCUGCACACUGAUAUGGCUGACAUUGAGGCAUAUUACAUGAGACCCACAGGCUCUUGUUUCUGGGUGGCAGUUUUGCAAGGCCAGGUGGUGGGCAUCGUGGCAGCGCAAGGUCGAGAAGACGACAACACAGUUGAACUCCGUCGCAUGUCUGUGGACUCUCGUUUCCGUGGUAAAGGCAUCGCCAAGGCUCUGGGUCGACGUGUUUUAGAGUUUGCCAUGUUAAACAACUACUCUUCCGUGGUUCUGGGAACGACUGCAGUCAAGAUGGCCGCCCACAAGCUGUACGAGUCAUUGGGUUUCCGGCGAGUCGGAGAGACUGAGGACUACAUUCUCCCAGGGAUGACCCGUUCACCGCUGGAGAGGCUCUUCUUCCAGAUCCGCUACAGCCGGUACAGAUUACAGCUUCACGAAGAGUGAGAGACAGAGAGUUAACUUGAGCGCGCAAAAUAGAAUAUAAAUGAAGCCGCCGUCAACGACCCUGAACCUUCCACUGACCCGGUCCUCUUGUUCUACCUAUUUAUUAUUAUUAUUAUUUUUUUUAAAGUCAGAUCUGUUCCUACAACUUUAAUUUUUAUUCAUUCUUAUUUUAAUUCUUAUUUGUAUAGUUAUGUUACAUUUUUAAGGGGGUUUAAGGUUUUAUUCCUUUGAUUACUAUAAGUUUCUGCUCUUAGUCUUUCUUUCCAUAGUCAUCUUGCCACCUUAAAAGGCCGUAAACAAUUGAAUAGCUCCAAUGAUUUUGUGUUGUUAGGAUAUAAAUGGAAUUUUUUUUACAGUGACAAAUAUCCACACUAAAAAAAAAUUCUGCCUCUGACCCUUUUCCAAGCCAUCAUAAGGGCCGAUCAACAGAGUAGCACAGACCAAUCUAAAAUCUCACGAAGCAGUGGACGUAGGGACUGGAGGGAUGAAGGUAGUCAAUUUUGAUCCACCUUUUCUGAUGCUACCGUUCUCUUUUGGCAACAUUAGCAGUCUGGUGGAAUCAAACAGUCCAUUAAAUUGUAACUUUUAGUCUGAAGCACAGCAUGUCUUUUAUAAACUUGUCUAUCUGACAAACAAAAAAAGAGAGCUCAAAAUCUGGUGAGCAUUAUAAAGCCAGGGUUUAUAUCCCAAAGCUCCUACAGUAGUGUUGAUUGAGUAGGUUCCUAGGGUUAAGCCACAUUAAAAAUAGUUCGGAAACCACUUAAAAGAAAUGGAAGUUUUUUCAUGUUAAAGAAAAAUCUUUAUCUACACUUUUGGCUGACAUUAAUAUUACAGUUGGUGAAAUUUAAGUUUACAGAUGUAAUUUAAUGUUGUAAAAAUCUAAAUUCAUUUGAAAUACACAUACUGUGAAAAUCUGAAUUAGUACAUAUUCAUCGUGGAACUAAUUUUAGCACAUAUCCAUUUGUGUACUGAUUUAAUGAAGCUUUAAUAACAAUUUGAUUGAACUUUUGUAAACUUUGUGGAUAAUUCAAGUCUUCAGGUUUGUGAGAAAAUAGAAUUUACUCCAAAAUUUCUGAAUUGUAGUCAUGCUUCCCCAUCUGAUAUUGCUUCUUCAUUGCAAUAUCUGAAGUCUGACUAUUAAAAAUGUAGAAAAACAAAUGCAAUCAAAUAUGAAUCCAAUAUAUGACAGCAAUAUGAUGAUGGAACAUAAAUUAAAUGGAGCACAAAUCUAAAUUUGGAUAAAUAUAAAAAAAUGGACUAUACAAGUAUACAAUAUAUAAGGCUUUAUAUUCUGCACUAAUUAAUGUAUAUGUAUAAUGUUUGAAUACUUAAUAACACCCAUAAUCUCUCUCCGUCUCCAUUAUCCUAUCACAGUACCAGCAGAGGGAGAGAUACAAACCACAAUGAGCCUCAUCUGUGAUAUACUGUUGUAUAAAGUUAAGCAAUUUAAUGUGAUUAAAAUACAUAGAAGUAACAUGUAGUGCAAAAAAAAACAAAAAAAAAAAACAAAAAAAAACAUUAACUUCGCCAGUUUUCCUUGACUUGACUUUGACCCCACCCCCUUUAAAAAAUCUGACUGCAACCCUGGGCCAGACCCCUCCCUCCCUUACGUCCCCACCCUUCUACCCCAUUCCCAUAUCUGCAUGUGCCACUAAGUCUUGUUGCACUGCCUUUUUCCAUUCAAGCUUGUACUAUUCCCAUACUUCCCUCUGUGAUGUCACAGUAGCAGUGUGGAAAUAGCUUAGAAUGUGAGAUGGGCGGGGUCAGCCAAAUACUAGGACUACCCACCAGCUUGCUGCAUCAAUGACAUCACAGCUGCCUAUAGUUGAAUGCAAGAGCAAUGCAAAUGUGUGGCAUGCCUCUGUACCUGGUUUGUGCGUACGGUGCCUGCCAUGGAAAAGAAGUAAACUAUACUUAAAAUAUGUAAAACAAGCUUCUUUCUUUAACUGAACAUAUUACAAACUUGUGUGUUUCAUUAUUCAAAGAACUUGUUGUUGCAUGAAUUAUCUUUGAAUGAAAAAUGAGCUAGAAAAUUCCAUCUUUCACAUGGCAAGUCUUAAAGUGGAACCAUUUCUUUUUCUUAUUUUUUAAAUUUAAAUUUCAGUUUAUUUAUUUUUACAUUUUUAGGCUGAUUGUCAUCUAUUUUAGGAUAUUGUAUUUUUUUAUCGUAAGAAGGCCUUGAUUUAACUGAAUGUGCUGUUUUGAUUACAUGUGAGCCGAUCAGUUUGGUGAUGCUUCUCACUGUAAUUGUGAAGACGUCCCUACUAGAAAGCAAUUCACUUUGACACAACUAUGCCAGUUGCAUGUGCCAGUCAAAUUAGACAUAGCAUUCUCCUGUCUCCCUUAAAAAUGUCUUCUUAUUUAAUGGCCAGUUAAGCUGUAUUGAAAUGCACUGACAUCCUAAGAGGAAGAAUCGGGGGGAUAAAAUCUGUGAUGCGCUAUACAAACUAUUGACAUGAAUGCUGCCUGUGUAAACCCAAAGCCGACAAGGUACAGAUCCCACUUAUAUAGAGCAUUAUGUAAGGUCUUGUGAACCAUUUGUGUGCUAAACUGUGAAAAGCCUAGUACUUUUAUGUGAGACCAAAAAACAAACAAAAAAACCCCCCAAAAAAACCUAAUAUAUAUA